UAAUUUGAGCAACCCGUUAAGAAGAAGUCUCCAGAGUUGUUAUAUCAUGAAACGGAAUAUUUUAAAAUGAUACACCAAACUAGCACAAACAGGUUAUCAGUAAAUCUUAUAUGACUAUUCGGAAAAAUAUUUCUGAAACAAGCCAGCACAUGUCAAACCCCUGUCACAACCUGUGGGGAGCAAAGUGGAUAAAUCCUGUGACAUAAGAAAUAAACCUCCGGGACAUAAAUGCUUUCUAAUCUGUUCUGGGUAUAGCACAAUAACUAUUGACCUUAUUUGUUCUAAAAUACUGAAAAUUAACCAAUACAUUUAUGAAUGAGAGUAUUUAAAUUAUGAUCUUUGACGCUGGACUCAGAGCCGUUUGAUAAUCGUCAACAGAUUUAAGCCUUGUUAAAGUAUUGUCCAAUCAGCGAAUAAAACAGCUCCAAGGGACAGUCCUUCAGGGCUCCCAUUGGCUGCUGUUUGUCGGUAGCUAGGUUGCAGUGCGACUGAAGCGGUGUCGGUAACAAACAGCAGCCUUGCACCGCCGGGGGACAUCAAUGGUGGAGUACGCGUUCAUUGAGGGCCAGGUCUGAGACAGACCAUUACUGGGGCUUAUACAUGGAGAGCUGAGACCGAGCAUGAGUUUAAUGUCCUUAAUGAUGUACAUGUACCCAGCCCUGCUAUUCAUUCUGUACGGAUACAUUGGCUUUUCGGAAUCUGCCCCUCGCAUCAGUCACAGCGAUGCGUCGCCUAUGUCGAGUAGGAAGCCCGGCACAGCCUCCGACACCUGGGACACCUUCAGCACCGGCGAGUCUCGUACCGCUUCGUCCGAGACCAGAUCUCUGUCCGGUCCCCCGGCUGGAAUCAUAUCCGAUCUGACAACUCCUGGCGGUCCCGGCUCUGAAACGGCAACCACUUUCCAGCCUCCAACAACGGAGCCGAGGACCAGCACCAGUCGCACCAUUGCCGUCCCAGACGCUGGAAUAAUCUCCCCCAUCAUGGAACAAAUAACGCGGCUGACUGAGACGCGGAAACGCUCCAUCGAUGCUCACUCAACACUUUUUAGCCCGGAGAAAAUGCUGCAGACCAUGGUGUCCAUGGUUUCCCAGCACACCACCAACGAUGCCUGGGCUGCAGAUAACGCAGAUGAAUCUGUUACCUCAGUCGAGAACAGUCAAGAGGGGACGUGUAACUGCAGCAGCGGCAGUGAAGGGAUUUUGGAUCCGGACAAAUGCAACCAGAGCACCGGUCAGUGUUCUUGCUUGAUAGGCUACACCGGCUUGCAGUGUGAGGAGUGUGAGGAGGAAUACUUCACCAACGGCACCAGUGGCUGUCUGUCCUGCUCCUGUGACUCUUUCGGAGCAUUAAACCUCGACUGUGACAGCUCAGGGAUCUGCACAUGUAAGACAGGAGUGUACGGACCCAAGUGUGAUGAGUGCCACCCAGGUUUCUUCCACUUCAGCAACACUGGCUGUCGGCCCUGCCAGUGCAACAACCACACCAACUACUGCCACCCACAGUCUGGAGUGUGCCUGAACUGUGACGGGAACACCCAGGGGUCCAACUGUGAGGAGUGUAAGCCUGGUUUCUACCACAGCCCUGGUGUCGCCCUGACCGAAGCCUGUGCACUGUGCCCCUGCUCCAACUCCACCUCCACCGGCACCUGUCUAACCGAUCCCAGUGGCUCUCCUGUGUGUGACCAGUGCCUUUCCCACUACAAUGGCCCACGCUGUGACAAGUGCAGCUAUGGCUUCUACAACAUCUCUGGGGUCUGUGUACCGUGUGACUGCAGCGGUAAUGCAGACCCUCAGGGCCCUGCUCAGUUCUGUGACCCUAAAACCGGCAGCUGCCUCAGCUGCAUCAACAACACAUCCGGGUCCCAAUGCCAGGAGUGUGCCCCUGGGUUCGUAGGGAAUGCCAGAGCGCAUAACUGCACCCGUGCAAAACCCCGACUGAUUCCAGCACCAGUCGAUGUCACAACCAAGACCCCCACAGCCAGUGGAUCUUCCCCAACAUCACCUUUCACCAACACCACUUUAACCUCCACAACAACCAAAGGCAGCCCAGCUUAUAGAUCUAACAAUAUUGGCGGUACCACCUUGAGUAGUACCACCAUCCAGGCCCUGCUGACCAGUCUGAGCAGUCCCACUGACAACACCACAGCAGCCCUGAAGGAGGUGUCAUGGACGCAGUUCAACAUCAUCAUCCUGGCUGUCAUCAUUCUGGUGGUGCUGCUACUGCUCGGCUUCGUGGGAGGUGUGUACACCUACCGGGAGUAUCAGAACCGCAAGCUAAAUGCCCCCUUCUGGACCAUUGAGCUAAAGGAAGACAACAUCAGCUUUAGCAGCUAUCACGACAGCAUCCCCAAUGCCGACGUGUCCGGCCUGCUGGAGGAUGAGGCAACUGAGGUGGCACCCAACGGCCAGCUUGCCCUCACCACACAGGCAAACAGCUACAAGGCUUAACGUCCCAUUCAGUCCCAAAUCAGACUCCUAGAUUUACAGAUGACAAUAAGCUGCUGGAACAUACCAAAUCUAAAGCUCCCUAAUGUGUGACUGCUUGUAAUUACCCUGCUUCUCUGCAAAAAUCACAACGCUUGGCAAACUGACAGAAAUUGGAAAGAUGGUGUAAAAGAUCGAAAAAAACGGAUCAUCGUUUCCAUCUGAAAAAUUGCCCUUUCAUAUAUAGUUUGAUUGUGAAAUGGAUGAUCAGUAAAAAGGGUUCCAAAAAGAAUGAUUUUUUUACUAUUUGGGCCUGCAGAGGGCAAUGUUGUACUGUAAAUUGGAAAGUGUGAGACAGGUGCAAAGCACACACCUGUUAGCUGAUGUUCCUGAAACCAGUGAAAGGGUGGGAGCCUAGAAUUUUGUAGAUUUCUUUUUUUAAUGAACUCUGGACAGUUUAAGUUAAACUCAGAUCACUUUUCAGGUGAUCCUAAACUGAGACAAUGAUUGUUAUUUAAUGAAUUAUUUUUAUUGUGUUUUUAUUUAUUUGUUGAUGUUUCAUUCUCGGGAGGAAUUGCUGCACAUUUCGGACGUUUUUUUCUUCAUGGUGUUUUUGUCUCUUGUGCUGUUGAACUGUAUUUUUCACUUGGGCAAUAUGUUUCCAGGUAUAUUUUGUGUGCUCUUGGAGAGGGUCAGAGUGGAAUGACCUCACUUUUUGUUUCUAGCUUCCUAUCUUUUGUUAAAGUGUAUCAGCUUGCUUGAAGUAUGAGAGAGAGGUGUUUCUCUUAAAGAAACAGCAGUCACCUUUUUAUAAACUCCCCAUGUUGCGCGGCUGCAGGGGUUAGUGACACAUCUCGGGGUUGCAUAACACGCCAUAAUAUUCUAAUCUAAUCUGCUCUUUGCUGCCUACAAAAGUACAAACCUUCAGAAAAUGGUUCACAAAUAUGUGAAGGGUGGGUGCGUGACUCAGCCAAUAAGGCCAUUUAAUGUCUGAAACAUAAACAAAACUCCAGUGUUGAUUCUGUUGUUAUGGAGCCCUGUGCUUCCUCAGGCCACUUCCAGCCAUGUUGCAGUAAUAGGAGUAGUAAGCUGUGAAAUCAGUGCAGUCACCGCUCGAUCCCAGACAUGAUUCUCAUGGAUCUGGUGUUACUUAGGCUACCACUGGCCAGAUGUGCUUCUUUUUAUUCUGGUGAAUGAGUAACACUAAUCAUGGAAGUAACUCCUCAGGUACUGGCGCUCUCCCUAAUGUGAUCACUGUAAAUAAAAUUCUUAAUGUACAGUUGAAUGUGAAUAGUAGCACGAUUAUUGUACAGGUAGGAUUUUGUGUUUGCACUGUCACUCAACAAGCUCUGACCCUCUCUGGGUGUGAUGUUGCUGUCAGCUUUUUCUAUUGUUUUUAUUUCCUACUUUGCCACAUAGACAGUCAGGGGACUAAAUGCACCCAGAAAUCAGAAGUGCAAGAAUACAAACAGUGUAAAUAAGACCUGAAACUCGGAGCUCAACUGUCAAAUAAAAUGGGUUUAACUGUU